CUGAAUAUUGCGGUAUUUUCAUCAGCGAUCCAUACCGAUAGUUCUUCGCUCUUCCACCACUAUUUUGUUGUUGGAGCAAGAUUUUAGCGAUUUAGCGAAUAAUUUUUUUUUUUGCAACUUUUCGUAAAUAAAAGUAAAGGACAAAGAACGAGGACAAUGAGGAGCUUCCGAAAUCGUACAGUUCAGAAGCCAAUACGAGGGACCCGAACUAGUCCCCACACCGCACAGGUGAUCACGUCAAGUGGGAAUCCUUCGCUGGACACGAUAUUAGGUGGAGGAUUGCCAAUUGGUUCGAUAUUUUUAUGCGAGGAGGACCGCUUUGUCACACAUGCCAAGGUGCUGGCCAAGUAUUUUCUGGCCGAGGGGGUUCUAUCCAAGCAAAAGAUAUUUCUAGGCAGUCUGGAUGAUUUGCCGGCAGAGAUGUUACGCCGCCUGCCACGCCCACUAACGGAUGUCGAAGUAGAAGUGGAGCAGCGUGAAGAGCAGGAAGCCCAAUCGGAGCCAUUGGACAAGAAUGGUCUACGAAUUGCCUGGCGUUACAAUGAUUUGCCGCUAGUUAAUUCGGAGCAGGCACCGACCAAAAUUGGCCAUCAUUUCAAUUUGAUGGAACACAUGGAUCCGAAGAAAUUGUACUAUGCCAACACCACAGUAUGGGAUGGCUAUAAAACAAUCGGCGUUCAGGAAGAUAUAAGUUCUUCUUCCACAUCGGUUAAUGAGGCGCCAAAGGAGAUGCAAGAGAUCUGGGACGGAUUCAUCCAGAGCGUUGAGGCUCUGGCGGAUGGCGAGAAUAACAAUGAACAAUCGGAGGGCACUGCCAGCAACACCAAUACAACUAAUACCACCACAACAACAACAACCACUGAUACCCAAUCGUCGUCGGUUAUCGAUCCAAAUAUGUUUCACAAUUCCCGCUAUGGUCGCCUGCUGCAGGAUAUCCAACAAUUGCUGCGGGAUAAGAGUUUCAAUCCUGGAGCUAAAAAGAAUCUUUGCCGCGUCUGUCUUACCUCUUUGGGCUCUCCUUUGUGGUAUGAUGAGCAUUUCGGUGAGGAUUUGCUCAAGUUUCUAACCAUUUUGAUGGCCAGUGUGCGUAGCUGCAAUUCGGUUUGCUUUAUCACAAUGCCCAUGCAUCUGAUUGCCAAAUAUGAUACCACUUUGGUGCCCAAGAUACGCCAAUUGGUUGACUAUGCCGUUGAGUUGGAAUCCUUUGCCGGCUCGGACCGGGAGACCCAUCCUGCUUUCAAGGAAUACAGUGGUCUGCUCCAUUUGCACAAGAUGACGGCUCUCAAUACAUUGGCCGUUCACAUGCCAGAGACCACAGAUUUGGCCUUUAAGCUGCGCCGCAAGAAGUUUGUCAUCGAAAAGUUGCAUCUGCCUCCAGAACUGCAAGAGUCAUCCUCGUCAACGGCUUCAAACGAUAUUAUGGGCCCAGCUAAAUGUGGUGGCAAUGUCUUGCCAAUCAAUUCCAAUCAGGCCUCUGCUUCAUUGGAUUUCUAACUGCAACAGUUGAUAGAUUUUCCUCUUAUUAUCUUAUUAUAUUUUUGCAUGCAUUGCUUUCCCCCAAUCCCCCUUUUUUUUUGUUUCUGAAUACAUAUAUAUCCACUAAAAUAGCACUUGAAGUAAGCUGAAAGCGUGGUCAAUACUAUAAUUAACAUACAUAUUUAUAUUGCGCAUGCAGAUGAUGAUGAUGAUGAUCACGACGAUGAUGAUGAUGAUGAUGAUGAUUAGUACAACCGAUUCUACAAGAUUUAUUAGUUAUAUACAAAA